UUAGAGGGGAUGUGCGGCUGCAGCCAACACAUCCCUGCAUCAUUCCGCGGCGUGCACUUCGUGCGCAACCCCGUCCGUCGCGUAUCAACCGAUAUCCGGAUAUACUCUGCCCGACGCACCCUGCCCGACUUCCAGAGCUUGCACUCACUCAUUUUACCAAGUUUAUCCGCAAGUGCAUCACCAUGUCUACGUGCACCGAAUUUCAAAUUUUAUUCACGAUCGUUAUCGCAUACAGCCGAGGCUUGUGAUCCUGGCUGUUAUUUGAGCAAGCCCUAAUUUUCGAAUUUCAUGAUCGUAGUAUUUUAAAUGCGGUACGGGUCGAGUUUUGUUCGAGUGAUGUAAUCAAUUAAUAAUCAUAAUAAUAGUUAUCGUUGUAGUUAUGCCGAUUGCGUCGUUCUUUCAAAACAAAAAUAAUAUCUGUCGUAACGGGAACCCGACAAUAACGCGAUAAAUUUAUGUUAAUAUUGAUAAUGUAAAAUUGUGAAAAGAACUGCGAAAUCAAAUAGUGCGACAUUUGUUGAUAAAUAAAUAUUUCGUAUGAACAAUUUCUUUUAGAAUUAAAAAAAAAAAAACAAAUUUUUUAAUAAAAAAAUUAAAUCAUCACGGAAGAUUCAACACUGAAGAGGGUUUCCAGUACGACAACCAGGUUGCCGCCAAUUUCAAGACCGGCGUUCAUCAUAAAAGGGUCGCGGCUUUAACCGGCCGCCAAAAAUUUCAUGUCCAUGAAUUUGAGUAAACCAGGUAACAAUGCGCUCUUCGCAAACGGCGUGCGUUGCUUACUUUAUUAUGCAUAUAAAUGUUUACAUAUACUAGUUUUUCGAGAAAAUUUUGAGUCCCGGAACGCUGGACAUCGAUCUACGGUUUCUUUAAUCUGCAGUGUCAGAAGUAUUCUUCGAACGAAACGAAAGAAAAGGCAGAAAAAAGUAGACAUUUUCACCCAUUGUUCGAUUUUGCAAUUGACGUUUACGUCAUAUUCAUGUGACUAUCGAAUUUUUCCUAUUUACGUAAAUUUCAAUACCUAUACAACAUACAAUUUGUAUGUUUUAAUGGAAUUUGUAUUUGCACGUGUAUUUCGCAACUGUCGCAUCAUUUUCACUGGGUUAUGAUAUCUUGCUCAAAAGAUAUCGUUGAUGGAAAAAAAAAAAAAUAUAUGAAAACAAAUAUAUAUCUCAACCUGAAUAUUAUUUUCAACAAGUCACGUUGGAAGAUAUUGAAAAUAUAUUCAGCGCAACGUGUAUAUUAAUGAAAAAAGAUUGUUGAAAGUUAUACAAUAAUAUUCUGUAAUUUAAUUUAACGAUAACUCAUCACGGAAGAGAUCAACAACGAAGAUCAUCAACGAAGAUCAGAAGAUUAUUUACUUGAAAUUGAAUUAUUGAUUAAUUAAUACCUGAAAUUGUACGAAUUGAAGUUGAUAUGAAUCCCGAGUACGUUGUUAAAUUACUCUAAAUCAUUAAUCCCACGUUCAAACGGUGGAAAUACAAAGAGAAAUGAUGCGAGGAUGUAUUUAUUAAACAAUAAAAAGAAACGGGAUACAAAUCGAUAACGUCCCGUAAAAAUUCUGACGACUCGUUGUCACGAAUCGGGAUGUCGCGUCAAAUGCGGCGUUUGAAUUUUAGCGCCCUUUCCACUGGCUGGUUCGGCAGAUGCACGAAGGUCAAAAGUAUUUUAAAAAUAAGGCCGUAGGCAUUAGUAGAUUGAUAUGGCAGUGGAUGUUAAGGGUCGGGUGGCGUUGUAAUGGCAAAAAGUUUGCAAAAGUUAGUUUGAUUGUAGGGUUGGGACUGGAGAUAGACAACAUGGACCAACAGUAUUGCCUCCGGUGGAACAACCAUCCUGCCAACCUGACAGACGUGUUAAGCUCUUUACUCGCACGCGAAGCGCUCUGCGACGUUACGUUGGCCUGCGUAGGCGAAACUUUUAAAGCCCACCAAACUAUACUAUCGGCGUGUAGUCCGUACUUUGAGAACAUAUUUCUACAGAACACUCAUCCUCAUCCGAUAAUAUUUCUAAAGGAUGUUAACGACACGGAGAUGAAGGCUUUGCUGCACUUCAUGUACAAGGGCGAAGUUAAUGUUAGUCAACAUUUGUUACCGAUGUUCCUCAAGACUGCGGAAGCUUUGCAAAUUAGGGGACUCACUGAUAAUAGUGUAAAUAAUAAAACUGAAGAAAAAAGUCCAUCGCCCGAACCCGAGACCCAGACCAGUACGAGGCACACCGAAUCGCCGAAUCUUCAACCCCAUCCAGAAAAAAGGAAACGAAAGAUUUCUACAAAUUACGAUGUCUCUCUCACCGGGCCUCCGAGCGAAAGAUUUUUGUCUGAUUCUCAAACUUCGUCUCAAUGUAGUUACAAAUCAAGUCCCCCGAUAAUUCCGAAAUUAAAUAAUACAAUGGGGAGUGAUGUGGAGGAUGGUGGAAGACCCAUCACUCCGUCGUCUCAGCCUCAGCCUCCUAUAAAACAAGAAAUUGAUCACCACCUAUCUGAAUUUCCCGAAAACAUCACACUUCCCACUAAUAUGGCGUGGGAGGUUCAAAGUGAUGGGAAGAGUGAGAAUACCAUGGAUGGUCAGAACGCGCAAGUUGAUCCUAGCAAUCGUAACUUCCUUCUGAAGCAUGUCUCGCUCAAAACAGCCAUCAUGGCUGGGGGCUACCUUUCAGUCAGAGCGCCAGAAGCCCUAUUCAGUAACCAUGGAAAGAAAGAAAAAAUGACGAAAAAUUAUGUAUCACCCCAUGAACAAUCUUAUCCGAUUAAGUCUCGUUACGCGAUAAAAGCUGAGCCUGAGCAAUCUCACAAUUUUGCUUCACAAGUUAGCCCAGUAAGCACUAAAUCGCAGGAUGAUUUUAAUUCUGUAAUGAAUUUUGGUUCAGAUAUCCUGCGACGGGAAUUGUUAAUGCCUCGGUCAAGUCCAAGCGAAUUGUUAUUUCGUUCUCAUUCAGGGAGACGAGUAGGCAAAUUUAGGCCAGGCUGGUUGGAAAUAUUUCAUUGGUUACAGUACGAUGAGAAAUUGCAUACAAUGUAUUGCAAGUAUUGCAGAAAGUGGAGCGAAACUAUUCCAGAAAUUCGUACAUCCUUCGCAGCUGGGAAUGGAAAUUUUAGGCUCGAGAUUAUCAAUCAUCAUGAUAAAUGUAAGGCACACAAUUUAUGCGUUGCAAAAGAGGCGGAAUCGAAGGCUGAUUACUAUUAUCGUCACGUGAAAUAACCAGCUAAAUAUGUCGAUAAUACAAAUUUCCUCAUAUCCAUUAACAUUCCUAACUGGCUCGAACGGCUUCAUAAUUUUAACAGGAUAUUAUUUGUUACGUUUUAUGAAAAAUUUUUAAUGUAUUUGUUAUGAAAACUCAGGUUAAAGACACACCAUUACUAAAUUAUGUAGAUAUCAAUAUGAUAUUGGUUGGGUCUUUGUUUUAAUUUUAUUGCGACGCGCUCUGUAGCUAAAAUAUAUUGUCGUAGUAUUUUCCAAUAUUGUGAUGUAUGAUCCAGCACGCUCUGUCAUUUUGACUUCUUGUAGAUCUGAAUAUUUUCUACUAAUAUCUCAACGAGAGUGCAUUGGUCAGUUUAAUACAAGUACUCUUGGUAACAAUAAAAAUAAUUUCUUGAAUAUCAAAUUUAUUUUUAGAAAUUUUUGUGAUAUU